AUAGCAGCAGGGGAGGUGACAGCGGCAGGGGAGGGGAUGGCGGCAGGGGAGGAUGGAGCGGCGAAGGUCGCAGGGAAGGAGAGCAGGGAGCGGCGGGGGCAGGGGAGAGGGUGGCAGGGGAGGCGGCAGGGGAGGCCGCGUGCAAGGCGGCUACAGCCAGGGAGCUGGCGAUCAGGGCAGGUCCCAAACAAGUCCGGCACCAUACAACCCCAACCAAAGGAACUACCAGACCUACGAAGUGCCUCCGGGCGGCUACGAUGCGAAUCGUAGCGGAUAUGACCCGAAUCGUAGCGGUUAUGACGCGAAUCGUAGCGGCUACGAGCAAAAUCGUGGCUACGAAUCGAAUCGUAAUAGCUACGAUCAGAAUCGAAGUGGCUACGAUCCGAAUCGGGGCUACGAGCAGAAUCGAGGUAGCUACGGCGGCCACCAGGGCGGGUACAAGAGCUAUGAUAGCAUGGGAGGCUACAACCAAGGGUACAGUCAAGGCGGUAGCGGCGGUGGUGGUGGCUCUGGCGGUUACAAUAAGAACUACCAAGGCGGCUAUCAACAGCAAGGCGGCUACCAGAACGAACACGACGACCGCGACCGGCGCGGGCGCAGCGGGUACAGAGGGAGGCGUUGAUGCGAUGCAGUAUGGAGGAAGCGUAGAAAGUGCUACCAUGGUUGCAACUCAUCCCCGUAACAGAGUAAGCUUGUUUUUAUCAGUGUUGUGACAAUCUGGGUACAAGUUGAGAGGUAUAUGUCGAUUAUUCGACUUUCGGUUUCAUAUUUUGAUAAAUUACAACUACCAAAAAACAUCUGAAUGUUUUGGACUAAAUAUGGUUACAGUCUAACCCACAAUUCACUGUAAGUUUAAGAUAUACAGCAUUAUAACUCAGUGUGCUUCAAAAAAUAAAAUAUCACUAACCUGCAAUCAAAUUAAUGUAAGUUCCUUUAACGGAUUUUGCAAAUAGAUUAUUUUUUUAUCCAGAAAUAUGGUUGCAAGACAUCCUUUGGUCACCCAAUACCAUUUAUUAAAUAAGAAUGUUUCCAGAUUGUCCCUACAAUGAAAUAUAGACCUGCUUAUUAUGUAUCAAUAAUUGUAAGUUAAUAUCCCUGUAAUAUUUGCAGUUAUAUGUGGCAUAACAGAAAAAACAUAGAAAACUAAUAGAGAUAUAUUUAGAUGGUGAUAAUAAUGUAUUUUAAAACGCAUAGAUAUAGAUGUUUAUAUACGUCCAUAUUAUUUAUUUCCCAAAAAAAUGUUUUACAUAACAAGGUUUUGUUUCCCUGGCACCCAAACUAGGUUAACCUGUAUUUUGGGUGACAGUGUUCCUCCACAAGUAAACUAUAAUUUGGCAAGGCCAGCAUGGUUGCCUAGGGUCUAAAAUCUUAGUAGUAGAGGAGACCCGUGCCCAACUGUGGGACAGUAUAAAUACAGGACUGAUAUGACUACUAUGACUGCAUUCCAAUUUUAUUUUCUGAUUAUGGUAAAGUUUCGAUUCAGGUUAAGGAAAGUUUGUGAGUUUUUAAUAAACAUGCCAGUAAUCUCUGGAUUGUAGUUUAUGAUAUACUACCCCUACUGGCGUAUCUUGCAGGCAUAAGUUACAUCUCUGUCUACCCCUUCGAAUUUACAUGCGUUUAGCUUUCGUAUAGCUUCUGAGCCCAGAUUGGAAUUUGUGCCUAACGGGGAUAAUUUGGCUCGCCACCUAUUCCAUCAUGAGUUGCAAUAUAAAUGGAAGAGGGUGUACUGUUCUCUACAUAUCCCUUCGAACUACCCGUGAUGAUGAUGUAAAACAUAUAUGUAUAUAUGUGGGCGUAUAUAAACAAUUAUAUCAGCAAAGUCGAACAAUAUAAUACGCUGAAUUAUAAAAUAAUAUAAAGAUGAUUAUUUCAUGUUUUAAUGCAAACUCACGGUUCAGCCCCUUUAAGAUAUCCCAAAAGCACGGCUUUUAAGUCGAUCGUUUAAUAGGGCACCGGCCUAUGUUUGAUUUUGUUCAUUAUUCUGUAUGUAAUGGUUACAUAUAGAAUAAUGAACAAAAUCAAUCAAUGAACAAAAUCAUUUUAUCACGAAAAAGAAGCACUCCUGCGAAAAUUGCAUAAAAAUUGGUUAAAAAAUUAGCUAGUAAUUCAUAU